AAGUUCAAAGUACUUCACGAUUUCAUACGAACACCUACAGAAAUGAGUGCAACACAAUGCAGCAGAGCUGCAUAAUUCAUCAGAUGGCUGGAUUAUCCUUUUAUUCUCUUAGAAACUGUAUUCUGGUUGUCCCUCUUCUUGUACAUUUUUGUCAGUCUCGCUUAAUUGGUCCAAAUCAGCCAAUUAUUGCAACAGCUGGGGAAGACAUCACUUUGCCAUGUCACCUGGUACCAGGAGAAAAUGUUGCUGAAAUGACAUUUGAGUGGACAAGAACCGACCUGGACCCCAGAUUUGUGUUUCUGUGGCGUGCAGGUCAGGACCUCAUAAGUGUGAAAAACCCGUCCUACAUAGGUCGAUCAUCAUUGUUCACUGAUGAGCUGAAACAUGGAAACAUUUCACUGAAACUGUCCAAAGUAAAACCUGCAGAUGAGGGCAGAUACAGAUGUUACAUCCCAGAGAAGGAUGAAGAAGCUUUUGUUGAUGUUGUGGUCGCAUCAGGUGCUGUCUCCUCACCUGUCAUCAGCUUAGGAGGGAUUGACAGAGACAAGACAGGAGUGAUGUUAGAGUGUAAAUCUGCAGGUUGGCACCCAAAGCCUGAGCUGCUGUGGUUGGACGGUGAGGGAAACCUCCUCUCUGCUGGACCUACAGAGACCCUCAGAGGUCCUGAUGACCUCUAUACUGUCAGCAGCAGAGUGACUGUGGACAAGAGACACAGCAACAACAUCACCUGCAGAGUCCAACAGAGGAACACCAACCAGAGCAGAGAGACACACAUACAUGUUCCAGAUGAUUUCUUCAAGCUGACAUGCAGUUCUUCUGCUCCCACCAAUAUUGGUUUGGCUGUUAGUUUGGCUGUAAACAUCGUCUUGAUUUUAAUUGGAGUUUUUUUCAUCUGGAGGCAAAACAAAACGAAUGUCAGGACACCCCAGUGCUUACGAAAAAAACAAGAAACAACAAAUCGCUCUAAAAGAGGCAAAACUGAAACACACCAAGAGCAGGAAACGAGCUUGAUGCAGGACAAUGUGCCACCAGAGAUGAGCAAAUUUGAACCACAGCCUGAGAAAUCUCAGACAAGUUUCAAGGAAAACCAUAAGAGUGGUUCAGUCAAUCACAGCUCAAAGAGAGGUGACAUCAUUUUGGACAAGGUCGAGAGAUGUGGCAACUAUAUCUGUCUGAGAAACACUUCCAGUGAGGAUAAAUUGAUGUCAGGUUGGGAGUUAAAACUACAGAUCCACAACAGAGAACCCAUCACAUACACAUUUAAAGAAAACUUUACACUGAAAGCUGGAGAAGGACUCACUUUACACCGAAAAGGUGGCCAGAACCCAAAUCCUGACAAUGUUGAUGUGAUGUGGUUGGACAUGAUCGAAUGGGCCUCUGGAGACCGUGUGAAGAUCAGUCUCAUCAGCAACACUGGAAAAGAGCACAGACUAAAGUGAUGAUUAGUAAAAACAGACUAUAUCAUGUGAAUUCAUCAGAAUUACUUUUUUAUGAGUAAUACAAAUUUCAUAUGAUGUUGAGUAAAUUUACCAUUUU